AUGUCUAAUAUCGCAAUCAUAUCUACCGACACGACAUCCGACUCCUCUAAUGUUAAUCGACCUGUUACAUCUAAGCCACGAGGGAUAUGCGCGUACUACAAAACCGAUCGUGGAUGCUAUCAAGGGGACAAGUGCAAGUUCCUUCAUGGGGAAUCAGAGCGUCUGACGCCGUUCGACAAGAGCAAGCUCUGCAGAUUCUACGCUGCAGGAUUCUGUAGACGUGGCGACCAGUGCUGGUUCAAGCACGUCGAUUCAGCCACGCCUGGUUCGUCUAGCCGCGAACCGCCCUCAGAUCCGCACGAAGAGGAGUAUCUGUGUUCCAUCUGUUACGACAAGCCUACCACCUAUGGAUUGCUUGUUGGUUGCAGUCAUAUCUUUUGCCUGCAGUGUAUCAAGAACUGGCGGGGUUCCCAAGGCAAGUCAUCAGACAUGGUGGAGGCUGGAACUACGAAGACAUGCCCCAUGUGCCGUAUUUCGUCGCGCUUUGUCGUCCCUUCCAGCCUCUUCCUUGCUGAGGGUGACCCGAAGAAGGCAGAGAGCAUCGAGAAAUACAAGGCGAGCAUGGCACGUGUAAAGUGCAGGUAUUUCAAGCGAUCUCGGCCUCAGAGGCGCUUCUGCCCCUUCGGAAGGGACUGCUUCUAUAAGCAUGAGAAUGCAGAUGGGACGCCUUACGUUUUCGACCAUGGUGCUGACUUCUACAUGGAGGCAAGUUUCGUUACUCCCCGAGGUUGA